GAGAGAAGAAUGGAGACUCCUGACCGGCGACGAAGCGCAGCCACCGAAGAAAAUUCAGGCGUUCUCAAUGUAGAAGACGUAUCUUUCUCUCAGCCGUGCCCUCAUUGCGCCACCAAGAAGCGGCAUUGCCUGCACGGUAGCUGCGGUCAGCGGAAGAAGCUCCGCCUGAUCACCAUUCCGGCAAAGGAAUGUCCGCUGGGGACAUCCCUACAGAGAUCGCUAUCUUUUCCGCUCUGGGGCACAUCCCCGCCGGACAAGAAUCCGGCCAUCUUAAGAUCGCAGAGCGAUCUUGUCUCACUGGGACGUACGAAAGAAGUCUUGGACAUCGGAACGAACGUCAACGAACGGAAAGAGAGUAAGAGCGAGCCGGCGACGCCACCAUCGGAGGCUGGCGGCAAGAAAGAGAGCGGACUGUCGGAGACGACGGGGAAGAAGAUGCCCCGGAGGAUGGUGUUUCCGUCAAGAGCGAGAAGAAGGCUCCGGAUGGAAGAGGGCGCGAACGUCGCGAAGACGGAAAACAACGAGGAGAUGCAGACGACGAAUCUUACCUUGAAGGAGAACGAGAAUGGUGAAAAUAAUACCGUGAGACUAACGCCUGAGGAGGAAAGCGGUCGCUUCCUACCGACGGCAUCCAAGCCUGCAACUUCCGACGAUACUGAUGGCGAUGAAUACCUUCAGCUUCAGCGUGCAUUGAUGUUGACCAAGAUCGAAGGAAGGCUGGACAGGAUGGAGAAGAAUUUGAAGGAGCUCAUUACUCUCAGGAAGGGUAGCAACAACCCCACAGCCGCUGGACAUACGACGGCGGCGGUGACGGCAGCUCCGCGACCACCGGUGUCUGCUAUUGUUUCUGCCGUCGCUACUUCAUCUAGGGAAGCAAUGCUUGGGGAGAAUCAUCGGGAGGUGAAGCGUUGUUACCUCGUCUGCUACUGCAACCGCUGCAGAUUUUUCCCUGGACGACGUUAGAACUUCAUCUGCUUUCUGAAUGGUAUCCAAUCUCAGGUUCACAUAACUUACUGUUGUUUCUAAGAAUUUACUAUUUCAAACAAUCUUGUGUCUUAACGCCAUUUCG